AUGUCUGGAAACGACUACUACGGCGGCCAAGGCCACAGCUACGACGGCGCACAGCAGCAACAGCAAGGCUACGGCGGCUACAACCAACAGCAGCAGUACCCUUCGGCGCCAGCCUACGGUCAGCCCCAACACGACCAGUACGGCCAAGGCCACAGCCCCCAGCACCCUCCUCCGGCGCAUGACCAGUACGGCCAGGCUCCCCAGCAGCACGGCUACGGCGCUCCUCAGGGUCAGUACGACCAGGGCCACGAUACCAACCGUAGCCAGUCUCCCUACCCACCGUCCGCGCAGCACCAGCAGCACCACGACCCCAAUCAGCAGUACGGUCAGCAACACCAGCAGCACGGCUACGGCGACCAGCAACACCAGCAGCAAAGCUAUGGCAAUCAGCAGCACCAGCAACAAGGCUAUGGUCAGCAACCGGGCCAGUACGGCCAGCCUGGUGCGCCAGGCGGUCCUGCAGAUGGCGACCGCGGCUUAGGCUCCACACUCAUUGGGGGUGCAGGUGGCGCCUUCCUCGGCAACAAGAUGGGCGGUGGCGCGCUUGGUACCAUCGGUGGACUGAUCGCAGGCGCAGUCGGCGCAAACAUGCUGAGCGACAAGUAA